UAAGAUGGCAGUAACAAGCUUCCUCUUCAGCCGCCAAUUGCUUUCUCUCUCGUCACUUGUCUCCAGCAGCUCUGUGGGUCGCUGUUGUAUUGUCCAAGUAAAUCGGAAUUUUUCCAAGGAAAUGAGUUUGCCACGAGUAUUUUUUGAUAUGACUGCCGAUGGGCAGGCAGUAGGAAGAAUUGUUAUUGAGCUUCGGAGUGAUGUAGUACCAAAGACUGCUGAGAAUUUCCGAGCUCUAUGCACUGGAGAGAAAGGGUUCGGUUAUAAGGGCUGCACGUUUCACAGAGUAAUUCCAAACUUCAUGUGCCAAGGUGGGGACUUCACCAAGCACAAUGGUACAGGUGGAAAGUCUAUUUACGGCACCAAGUUUGAGGAUGAGAACUUCACGCUGAAACACACUGGACCCGGUGUGAUGUCUAUGGCAAAUGCUGGCCCUAACACCAAUGGCAGCCAGUUCUUCAUCACGACUGUGAAGACAAGCUGGCUCGACAACAGGCAUGUAGUGUUCGGCAACGUUGUCGAGGGCAUGGAUGUCGUGAAGAAACUGGAGUCUUAUGGCUCCCAGAGUGGCAAGACCACCAAGAAAAUUGUAAUUGAAAACAGUGGCCAACUAUCAUAAGUUAUCACUAAACAAAUCUGUUAAUCUUUGAGGUGGAGCAACAACAGUAACAAGAGAUCAAAUGACCCUAUUCAAAACUAACCCUGCUCUCUCCAUUCCAUUCCAAUGUUUGUCGCUGUGGACAUAGAGCCUAGAAAAGAAGUCAAUUUUAUUUGUAUCGACUGGCACAAGGAUAGAUUUUUUAAUGUUAUGUCGUUCAUUGCAAUAUAAAGUAGUGUUUUUUCUUAAACUGACUGAAAUGGAAUGAGUGUGUGCUGUUUUCUUUUUUUUACAAAAAAUACUUUAAUUGCUUGUGUUCUUUCUUUUUAAUGUUAUAUAAUAACAGUACUAAAAUGCAAUACCAAUUUAGGAAUAAAUCAUUUUGUCAAAA